GUCAUUUCAUUUUUCUGCUUUCUUUUAUAAAAAUAAGAGCCAAACAAACAAGCAAUCGAGUAGAAGCAAAGCAAAUUCCAGAAUAAGAAUCAAGCUCUAUUCUACAUUCAAUUCAAGUGGUGAUUGUAAUUUAUUAGUACCACAAUUUGGAACACAAAAGAUUUUCUCUCUUGUUUUCUUGUUUUUUUUUUUUUUUUUUCAUUUUUCAAUAAGUCGCCAUGGCAGAAGAAUUUCAACUAGGUAGAGGAAACUGGUGGGAAUCAUCAACAUCUUCAUCAACCACAACAUCAUCGUCUAGGAAUAAGUUUAUUGAGAGUGGAAUAUCAUUAUGUACUACGCCUUCAGCAUCCGGUGCCACACUAGGUAGCAUGGGAAGCAACUUUGUUUGGCCUACAGAAAUUGAGGACAUUAAGGCAAGAUCCGAUAAUAGUUCUAUGGUUUUUCCGGCUGAUUCCCAAAGAAGUUACACCACUGAAUCUUCCAUAGGUGGUGGAGGCGGAGGCGUAGGGCGAGGCGUUUUAUCUGCUGAUCAUAAUUUGCAAAUGAUGGGCUUAGGGUUAUCACCUCAAGGACUUGAUUGGAACCAACCUUUCUUCAGAGGUGAAAAAUCUGGGAGUGGUUUUCGUUCUAUACUUCAAGAAGGGUUGAGUUCAAAUGCAAAUUAUCAGCAGGAAGGAACGUGUCAUGAACAAGAUCAUAAUUGGAGUACCACGCAAAAAAUAUAUCAUGGGAAUUCUGAUGAUUCUUCAGUGAAUGAUUAUAAUAAACAAAUUAUGAACCGGGGCAUUUCUUUAGAUCAUCAAUCACAAGUAUUUAGUGGUCACAAUCUUGAAAAUUCAGCACCUUAUGGAAGUCCUUCAAAUAUGUUACAAGGGCUAUUAAUUUCUGAUAAUAGUCAGCAGCAAGAAUCCAAUCAUUUUACAAGUGCUAGUAGAUCGUUAUAUUAUAAUCCUUCCUAUAAUAACCAAUCAAAUUGUGAUGUCAAUAUUCCUCCAACAUCAGUUGAUGCAAUGCCUACUUCUUCUUCUUCAUCUUCUUCAUGGUCUAAAUUUCCUCAAUUCCUCCGAACAUCAGACCCUCCGAAACAGCAGUGGCCGCUGCCACAGCCGCCGCCUCACCGCCAAUCAUCGCAUUUCUCCGGUGGCACUCCUUUUUGGAAUGCCACGUCAGCUGCCGCGAACGCUGUCCGAUCAAGUUUCAUCCCUUCUUUACAUCCGCAACUUGCCAAUCCAAUGGUUGAUGAGAAACCAAAGCAUAUAGCAGAAGUCAGGAAUACAAGCACAAUAGCAAAGAAAGCUAACAGUACUGAAACAUCAAAUAAGAGACCACGGAAUGAAGCGCCAUCUCCAUUGCCAGCUUUUAAGGUGAGGAAAGAGAAAAUGGGAGACAGAAUCACUGCGCUUCAACAAUUAGUCUCACCUUUUGGAAAGACUGAUACAGCUUCUGUGCUCUCCGAAGCGAUCGAGUACAUAAAGUUCCUCCAUGAACAAGUUAAUGUCUUAAGCACACCAUACAUGAAAAGUGGAGCUUCCAUGCAGCAGAGUGGUGAUAAAUCAAAUGUGAAUCCAGAGGGAGGAAAGCAAGAUCUUAGAAGUCGAGGAUUAUGUUUGGUCCCAGUUUCUAGCACCUUUCCUGUAACUCAUGAAACCACAGUUGAUUUUUGGACUCCUACCUUUGGAGGAACUUUCAGAUAAAUCAACAGGCCUAGACAACAAGCCAACAACAGAUAUAUAUUACACAAAUUAUUCCACUAGAAGUCAUCCCUAAUCGAAUUUAAGUUAUAUACACCGUCAGUCUAAUAGAUUUUUACAUCAUUAGAUCAUCUAUAUCUGUUAUAGCAGGUGAACUGUCUUAUUUUCAAGAUUUUAGAUCUCACAUUAUAAGAAGACUUACUUGUACAUAUCUUUUAUGUGACCUGAUAGUAUAAACAAUUAUUUAUAUAUACUGACAGUGUAUAUAACUUAAACUCAGACGAGUGGGGAUGAAAUGAGAAAGAGGACCAAAACAGUUUCUUUUUGGAGGGGCCACAUAAUUAAAAGUACUACUGGUAAUAUUCAGGUCCAGGCUGAUGAUGAAAAAAUAAAGGGAAUGCAAAAAGAGAAGGAAAAAGAAGUGACCCUUACAAAGGAAUUGAAGGAACAGCACAGGCAAAAUGAUGCAGCUUUGGCCAAUAUUUGGUACCACUGUAUGCGACUAGGGAAUGAGAUGAUAAAAAAAGAUUUUUAUUUUUGCCUUUUUUCAUUAUGCUAGUUAGUUUACAAAAAGGAAUUUUGUUUGUAGCUGAAUUUAGUUGAAAUGAGGGAUAAAAGGAGCUUUUAGCACUAGCUGUUUGUAUAUCUAUUAUAGUUGCCACUACCAUUACUUUAAAACAAAAGAAAUGAAGGAAUAAUUGGAAAUGU